GUACAAGCCAAAUAGCUUACCCUGCCGUGCUCACCUAAAUACUGGAGAAUUCCGUAGGGGUCACAAUUGAUAUAGCCAAAAUUGUGGGGCUUGGAGAGACCUAUACCCUAGGGUUUUUAAUCGAAGAACGGGGUGGAGAGCCAGAGCGCGCGAUGCAGAGAUAGGAAUUUAUUUCUUGAGCGGAAAGAAGAGAUUCGCAAGAAUGAGUACCAUGAAAUUUUGCCGCGAAUGCAACAACAUUCUGUACCCAAAGGAAGACAAGGACCAGAAGAUCCUCCUCUAUGCAUGCCGUAAUUGCGAUCACCAGGAGGUUGCUGACAACAAUUGCGUGUACAGAAACGAAGUACAUCAUCCUCUUGGUGAGCGCACACAAGUCUUACAUGAUGUAACUGCAGAUCCAACGCUCCCUCGCACAAAAUCUGUGAAAUGCUCUCAAUGUGGUCAUGGAGAGGCCGUCUUCUUUCAGGCAGCUGCUAGGGGUGAAGAAGGAAUGGCUCUGUUCUUUGUUUGCUGCAACCCUGCCUGUGGCCACAGGUGGAGGGAGUAAUGUUUUCGUGCUAAAAUAUGAUUGACUACUUGUGUACAAUUACUAUGCUUCCGCCCAAAUUCCUCAAUUACUAUGUAUUUUCUCAAUUAUUCCUCAAUUACUAUGCAUUUUCUUAAUCCCUCCCAAAUUCAUCCAACCUCCAUUCGCAUGCAAUGUGUAUUUUUUUCCUCUUCUUUUCAUACCGAAAUGGUUUCUCUAAAUUUUAGUUUUUCUAUUGUUUGCCCAUCUAUUGGCUUUUA